AUGACGUACUCCAAGGACCACACUAACGGCAACACCAACGGCACCACCAAUGGAUAUGGGCUGCACAAAGGCCCUCGACGAGCUCCCCGAGUCCUUAAUGUUCUCGAACGACGUUAUGAUCCUCAAUUCUACCAGGCUAUCUUCUCCAUCAUGGCUCUCCGAGAGAAGUACUUGAGAGACGGUUAUAUCUUCGUCCGAGGAGAGGAUAUGAUUCCCAUCCUCAAAGGACUCGGUGCUUUAGAUGAAGAUUUUGAGCCGUUUGGAAACCUCGGUGAUCUCACUUCACCCGACCCGACCGUAAAUUACCGCGCUAUAACAUCCGGGAGAUAUUGCGUUGAUACGGAGACGCGGACUAUCCAGCGGCUUGAGUCACAGGACUACGUCCUUACGUUGGAAGAAGAUUACAAGCGUCAUGAUUCCGGGGUACCAAGGAUGUUCGAUGACACCCCACCAGACAUGCAGAGCAAUACUGUGAUACACACCCUUAUGCUUUUCAAGACCCUCGUGUACCAGGGAGUCCCUAUCACUCCUCGGGAUAACUUGAACUACUACACUCCCAAGUGGAUUUGCACACUCUUCAACAUCCGAGUGACUACAGCUCCAGAGCUAGGCAUCUUCGGCGAGCCGGCACUAGAAGGAGUUCACACUGAUGGAUCCGACCACACUAUGACUGUCUUCUUGAACUGCUCCAACAUGCACCCUGAGAGUGGAAUCACCUUCAUGCAUGACAACAAGGAGACCACGGGGGUGCAGCUCCAGGACACCAAUCCUGCGCUGAUCCGGGGGCGUGUGCACCACCAGAAGCUUCUUGAUACUCUAAUGUUUGUGGACCACCAUACGAAGCACUCUGUCACGCCCGUGCACCAGCUAGACCCGGCGCACCCUGCGACUAGGGAUAUGCUCAUCGUCUUCACCCGCAAACCAAAGCUCGAGGGGCAUGUCUCUGGAUUUUUGGACAGCCUGAAGCUUAACGCCACGUCACCGUUCCAUUUGCCGAUGUGGCUUCCUUGA